GAAAAAAUUCAGAUUCACAUCUGGCCAAAGGAAAGGAGGGCGACGUGCAUUUCAGUCAGACGAUCUAGGAAAAGCACCGAAAAAUCUAUUUUUUCGGACACGGGUGGACGGAAAAUGAGGAAGUCGUGAUCGGCAGCGCGUGCCGACAACUCGUAGGCGCCGAAAGAAGCAUUCCAGGACCCACGACGAGGAUGGCAGCGAGGGUGUCCGCUGUGGUUUUGGCGUUGCUGGCCUUGUGCAGCGCUGCGGCCUCGAUGGAGGUCACCUUUAACCCGAGCAGCGUGAAGCAGCUGAAGGAACUUUCCAGCGCCAUCAUCACCGUCUGGGCAAACGAGUCGUUCUCCAAUUUUUCCAUUUACGCCAACUCGACCAACCCUGUAGUGGCUCAAGUUUCAACAGAACCAAUUGAGUUUUUGCCAACUUCAGAGAACUUCUCCAAGUUCAAGACCAACUUCAGCGUGUAUGGCAAUUUCCUAGGCUACAGCAAAGUCUUCCUUCAGGCCUACCCAAUCGGUGUGAAUUCCUCAAAUGGAAAUCCGAUCGACGAAAGUGCCGAACUGCCUGUGUCAGUGAUUCGGGUGAAAAGACUCGCAGACCAAAUUUUCAUCAUCACGGUGCCCAUCCUGGUUUCAUUGAUUUACAUCAACUUUGGAUGCGCCCUGAACUGGACCGUAGUAAAAAACACGCUCAAGAGACCUAUCGGACCCGCCAUCGGUUUCGUCUCUCAGUUUGUUUUCAUGCCUUUGAUUAGUUUUGGCUUAGCUCGGUAUUUGUUCCCCAACCAGCCAGCUUUGCAACUUGGCCUCUUCUUUACCGGCUGCUCUCCUGGUGGGGGCGCCAGCAACAUUUGGACGGUGGCUCUCAACGGCAACCUUGACCUCUCUAUCACCAUGACGGCUAUAAGCACUUUUGCUAGUUUUGCUAUGAUUCCAUUUUGGGUUUUCACCCUUGGGCAUGUGAUUUUUGAAGAGGCCAAUCUUGGUGUUCCUUACAACAAAAUCGCCACAAUAGCGGUCGGCCUGCUGGUGCCCCUUAUCAUCGGAACUUUAAUUCAGUUCCAUCUGCCUAGGGUGUCGAAAUUCCUGGUCAAAAUUUUAAAACCGUUUGCCGUUUUCCUCAUCAUUUUUAUUGUCGGCUUUGCCACAAUUACCAACUUGCAUCUUUUUUCCUUCAUGGACUGGAGGGUAUUUGUUGGAGGAAUUUGCGUUCCUUGGCUUGGAUACAUUUUUGGUGCUUUGCUUGCUCGAAUUUUGAGGCAGAGUGGCUACGACAUAAUCGCAAUCUCGGUGGAGACUGGCGUCCAAAACACAGGCAUUUCGAUAUACCUCCUCAAGUUUGCAUUAGAGGCGCCGGAAUCUGACAUAGCACAAGUCUGUCCAGUGGCUGUUGCCCUGAUGACGCCAAUUCCACUGGCCAUCCUGUCCUUAAUCUUCAGAAUAUGGGACUGUAAGUCCGACAAACAUCUCAAAGGCGCUGAAAAACUCUCAGAUAACGAAGUGGAAACCCCUCCUGACAACAACAGCCGAAACACAGAUCCGUCGUCGAUAUACUAACUGUUUUCAGAGAAGACCAAUUUUUUUUACCACCUGAAUGAAGUCGCAACUGAAGUAUUAAAUGUAUCCUUAAAGUUGAAUUCCGAGCUGCGCAAUCUGAUUGUUAUUGCAUCAAGGAAUGCGCCUCGGAAAUUGAAAAUUUUGAUGAGCUUUUUAAGAAUUCUCUAUUUUGUAACCAAUGGAAAAGAUUUUCACUAAGAGACUGAUCCACUACAAUUUUUAAGUUAAAUAUGAAUUGCAAGGAUGAUUGCAGAUUAUACUCUUUUGUGGUACUUAUGUGCGUGUCAUACUGAGAAUUCGUGAAAUUCAGGUGCAAAACCGAAGCUGAAUCUAGUGUCUAUUUAUUCGGUGUGGGGCUAAAGGGUCUGAAGAACAAGUUGCGGAGAAUUAAUUUUAAAAGCUAAAAAGUUGCCUCCGAUUUUGACCCGCAAGUGCAACGAAAGCAAAAUGUGACCAAGCAACUAACAGCAGCGUUUUGUUUAAUGUUGUAAUUCUUUAUUAGAGAAAAAUAUAGUUUUAAUAAAUGUUUACUGUUGAACCGA